AUGAUGUUCUCUCAUGUCGUGUUUCUUGUCCUUCCGGCUCUUCCCGUCUGUGAACCAAUGAGAUCAGAGGUGCAUACUCCAGACUCCUCCCAUCCGGCCCCCGCGGAGCAGUACGAUGGAGAUGACGCCACGGUGACCCUGGCUGAUCUGUGGCCCCUAUCUUCACCUCAGGAUCCCACCUUCUCCUACAUCACCAUUGGAAGCUCCACCCCUACAGCUCGCCCUCCGGCUAGGGCCCGCAGGGGGCGCGGCCUAGGCAGAGGGCGGGGGACCCAGAAAGAGGAGCCGGGUGAGGACAUGGUGUCCUAUGUUCUUCUAGAGAAGAUGCGUCACAUGACCCAAGCCUUGCCACCACCCAGGGGCCACGAGGAGAAGACCUCCAUGGAACACCCUGAGCCGAGGCUGGAUCUUCAGGAUGCUGGU